AUGCAUCGAAAUGGGAAUGAAUUGCUUAUAAACUUCAAGUUAUUACUAAUUGGAGAUAGUGGAGUUGGGAAAUCAAGCUUGUUAAUGCGUUAUACUAAUGAUUGUUUUGAAAGUCAGCUAUCUGCAACUAUCGGCGUUGAUUUCAAAGUCAAACUUGUUACGGUCCCUGAUGGAACAAAGAUUAAGCUCUCUAUAUGGGAUACUGCUGGUCAGGAACGGUUUCGUACUUUGACACCCAACGUGUAUCGUGGUUCACACGCUGCUGUUUUUGUGUUUGAUGUGUCGAAUCGUGAGAGCUUUGAUCAUCUGACCAGUUGGAUGGAAGAGUUAAAAACUUAUUCAGACAAUCCAAACAUGAUUAAACUUCUUGUUGGAAAUAAAAUUGAUAAUAUUUCCCGAGAGAUUUCUCGUGAAGAGGGUCUUCGUUUUGCCCGUUUAUACAGUAUGCCGUACGCUGAAACAAGUGCGAAAACCAGUGAAGGUGUUAAUCAGCUAUUUUCUGAUGUUGUUACUAGAAUUUAUAAUAAUUCUGAAUUGUGGAAUCAAGGAAAAAAGCGUGCAAUUAAUAAUUCUUCAAGUCGUGCUCACUUAACUGAACUUGAAGAUAAACAGACCCGUAGUGGCUGUUGUUCAUAA